UCCAACUUAUUUUGCGAUUCCUCACCUUAGAAAAAGCAAAGGCAAGAUCGUUGUCAAUGCUUCAGGGACCUCAUGGUUAAUCUCACCAUUCUUCAGCUUCUAUGGUGCAAGUAAAGCAGCGAUAGUAAAUUUCUAUGAGACAAUGAGAAUUGAGUUGGCUCCGGAGAUCAAAAUAACAAUAGCAGCUCCUUGGUAUACAGAAUCAGAAAUGGUCAGCCAUGGCAAAAGCCUCACAAAAGACGGUGUAGUUGAAAAUAGUCGAGAAAUGAGAGAAGUUCUGAUAGGGAAAUUACCAGUUAUGAGGGUGGGAGUGUGUGCCAAGGAUAUUGUGAAUGGGGCAUGCAGUGGAGAGAGAUAUGUGAUUGAGCCAUUCUGUUACAAGAUACUCUUUCUGCUCCAGUUCUUCUACCCUGGGAUUGUUGAAUGGGCUGCUCGCCGGUUAUACAUGGGCAAGUCAGGCACCACUUAGAUGAAAGUGAAAUAUAUAAGAAGACAUUGAAAUCAGAAAGUUAAUGCAUUUAAACUUCUAGUAGAAUUAAUUAAUUAAAACAUCACUUAGCUAGUCUUUGUAAAUCUCAGAGAUCAUUGACAUAUCUAAUAAGUAAGGAAUAAUAAUCCUAUUGGGAAGACUACUUGAAGGGGUUGGGACUUGUUGCUACUGCUUUAAUAACUCAUAAAUCGUUCCACUUUAAGGCUACAUUUGGUUCUUGUACAAAUAAAUUUGCACUUUGAUAGUGCGAAUGAUAUGGGUGCAAAUUCUAA